GCAUUACUGAGGUCUAACAGAUGGCCAGUAUAGCUAUUGAGAAUGCAGAGCCAGUACCAUCAGACUGCAAAGGAGAUUUAAAAAUCUCCAAAUUUGAUGGAGAUUUACCACUUAAAGUUCUUUACUGCGGAGUGUGUUCUCUGCCAACAGAGUAUUGUGAGUACAUGCCUGAUGUUGCAAAGUGUAGACAAUGGCUUGAAAAGAAUUUUCCAGACGAAUUUUCAAAGCUUACAUUAGGAAUUUCUCCAAAACAAGAAACUGGUACUGUUGAAGGCCAAGCAACUUCUGGUGAAGAAGAAGAGAAAAAGAAGCAAAAAAGAGGUGGCCGAGGUCAAAUUAAACAGAAGAAAAAGACUGUACCUCAAAAGGUUACAAUAGCAAAAAUUCCGAGAGCCAAAAAGAAAUAUGUCACAAGGGUCUGCGGCCUUGCCACAUUUGAAAUUGAACUUAAGGAUGCACAAAGAUUUUUUGCCCAGAAAUUUUCCUGCGGAGCUUCAGUAACAGGGGAAGAUGAAAUCAUCAUUCAGGGGGACUUUACAGAUGAUAUUAUUGAUGUAAUUCAAGAAAAAUGGCCAGAGGUUGAUGAUGACAGCAUUGAAGAUCUGGGUGAAGUGAAAAAAUGAAUUUGACAUUGUGCCUGUAUAUCACAACCCAAUGUAACAGUCAUUGCAGCCAAAGCAAGGAGGAACUUUUGUGUUCAAUUCAGUCAGACAGUGCAGCCUUAUCCUUUGCACCUGCAGAUCUCUAUAGAUUGCCAUUUGUUUUUAUUUCCAACUGCUCAACUGGAUAUAACAUUUUCUCCUGCAUUACCUGUUUAGAAUAAUAAAAUAAUUUUGAUCAUUC